AUGGCGAGGAGCGAAAAUACCGGGCGGAUGUUGUCGAUGGCGAAGAGCAACGUCGAUGCUCCCCGUACGGAAAUCAAAUAUCGAGAGUCCUUCUGCCCGUCGCUAGCCGUGAUAGCGAGCGUUUUGCGGUUGUCGGACAACAUCGCCGGUGUGACGAUAUUGGCAUUCGGAAACGGUGCACCUGACAUCUUCACGUCCCUCGUAUCGGGCGCCGACGAAAGUAUAAUAAUGUUCACGGAGUUGAUCGGCGCUGGUGUCUUCGUGACGACGAUCAUCGCCGGUUCCGUAUCCGUGGUCAAACCUUUCCGCGUCGAGUUGAAAUUUAUGAUGCGGGACGCCUGCUUCUACAUCAUGACGGUGUUGUGGAUCAGCUUCGUGGUGCGGGACCAUCGGGUCCACCUAUGGGAAGCUGCAAGCUUUAUUCUCUGCUAUUGCUUGUUCAUCUUGGUGGUAGUGUUGAUGCAGAUGUACGAGAACCGGGAGGAGAGGUUAAAAAAAAGGAUCCCAAGCGUGCCCGAUGAAGAUAUCCUGCGUACUUACCUGGUGAACAAAGAGGAUGACACCAUUCCGGAGAUUCCUAUCAAGAGUCGUGCUGCUGGUUUACGAGCCAAACUCGAUGUUGCAAUCGCAGUCGAGUUGCAAAGACUUAGAAAGAAAGAGGAGAAGCCAAUCAUAGAGGAAGUUGGGAGACCGAAGGGUCUCUUCAGGGAAUUUUUCUACGAUAUUAAUCCGAUAUCGAAAGAAGACUGGCAAGAUGCGAAUGCAUUCAUUAAAUUUAUUUUAAUCAUACGUGCACCUUUCAUGUGUAUACUUCAAUUACUUAUCCCACUUGUGAGCGUGACCACCGUAAAGAGAGGCUGGUCCAAGCUGUUAAAUUGCUUUCAGCUGUGCGUGACACCAACGUUCGCGUUGUUUGUAUUAAAUGUUUGGGCAGUGCGCAUUGGCCCGAUUACAUUGGCGCCAAUAUUCCUGCUGAUUGGUACCAUAUUCGGUAUAAUUGUAUUUCUAAUAACCGACAAGGAUCAUAUACCAAAGUUUCAUAACGGUUUCGCAUUUUUCGGAUUCUUCACCGCAAUGAUGGUAGUCUAUUUGGUGGCCAAGGAGGUGAUGGCAGUGCUCCAAUGCGUGGGAUACGCUUUCAGCAUAUCGGACGCCAUGCUCGGUAUUACAUUACUCGCUUGGGGAAACAGCAUAGGUGAUCUCAUAGCGAACGUCACCAUAGCCAAACAAGGAUUUCCACGAAUGGGUUAUGCAGCUUGUUUUGGUGGACCGAUGUUCAAUACGCUUUUGGGAUUGGGACUGACUUACGGGCUGGAAGCCGCUAAAGAUCCAAAUUAUCUUACAAUGAUGAGACUGAGCGAUAUGGCGCCCGGUUGUUUGGCUUUCCUUGUCUGUUCAUUAUUUAUGUCUAUUAUUUACCUGAACAUCACUGGCGCUAUAGCAAGAAAAUCCUACGGAUUCCUUUUGUACUCCAUUUACUUUUCUUUCCUGCUCAUUCAGUUCCUCAGCGAAUUACAUAUAAUUCAUCCGCUUGGUAUCGAUCAUCGACCGGACAUAGACCCAAAGGGACAAUAAUAAAUAAAAUUAUUAAUAACAUUCUUAAUGAUGGAAAUAAAAUAAUAAAAUUAUUCAAAAUAAUGGAGGAAUGAUAUAACAUUCCUAACGAAAGAUAUAUGUUUUCUAGAUAAAUAUUUACGUAAAAAUAUAAAUAAUAUGUAUUAUAAUAUGUCUCUACGAAAUCAAAAUGCACAUAUAUUGUAUGUUUAUUCUACGAGAGGGAACGUAAUAGGAAUUCUUGAAAUGAAUAAUUUUCAUUACUUUCUAUUUCUUGAGACUAACUUUUUCCCUUAGAUUGUUAUUUUUAAAAAUAGAUAGAAUCAUGUGCACUUUUCAUUGUGUUAACAUUCGAUCAAAAUAUUAUGAUACUGUUUUAAUUUUAUAAUUUAGAGUUCUCUUCUGUACAUAAUCAUUAAAUCGUGAAUUCAGAAAAAAUUUAGGUACUUGAUAAUUAAAUAAUUUAAAUGGUAAAAAGAUUCUCUAUUGAUUAAUCGAAUUCAUAAAAAUAUUAAUUUAAUAAAAAUUCGCAUUUCCAUAAUUAUGAUUCAAAUUGAUUGAAAUUGAUUGAAAAGCAAAUUUUCGUAGUUUUCAUUGAUCACAAAUGAAAAUUAAUUCUUGAUCAAUUUGAAUUUUAAUUUACCGAUAAUAAAAGAAGAACAAUAUCGUUUUAUACGUUUUAUACAUAAUUGUUGAAGCUAAUGAUUAUUAAAGUAAUAUAC